CCCCAAAUGGAUCCCUGAUUGUAAUUCAAUCUAGGGUUUUCAGAGCCCCAAACUCAUCGCCGUCGCACAAAGCAAACUCGAGAGCUAAAGAAAAAAUGGGAGGCAAGUGCCCGCACAGAAGCGUUAAGAAGAGAAGAUACUCCCACAAGACUCAUCGCCGCAGCAAGUUCCUCGUCAAAGGCGACGAUUUGGUGUACGAUGGGCUCAAGAAAGCAGAGGAUCAGAUGACCACGCCGGUUUUGCCCGUCGAUGAAGAUCUACCUGGAAUGGGCCAAUACUACUGUCUUCACUGCGACCGAUAUUUUGCUAAUGUGACUGUGAGGGAUGAGCAUUUCAAGACCAAGCGUCACAGGAAGCGAGCAAAGCAACUGAUGGAAGCACCGCACACCCAACUGGAUGCUGAUUUAGCUGCUGGGAUGGGUAUGCCAGAUAACGGCCCUAAGCUUAUGUCAUUCUGAGAGAGAUUUAUGUUUUUUGCUUUAGUCGAUUUGUAGCUAAGAUACAUGUUACAUGCUGUUGUAAGAAUGAUCUCUCUUUCUUUCUCUUUAUAAGCAUAGUUCUUCCUUGUUAAAGUGCGAUUAUAUAGCAAGCUUCUUGAUGGUUUUCA